UGUUUUAUACACUCAUUUUGGUUAAUAUGUGUUAAAACCAACCAUACAAUCAAUGUCUGACUACGACUGUCGUGUCUUCGAGAAUCGGGUAUACGAUGAGCUCAGUUGUGCCAUUUGUAAGACACCGAUGGACGACCCGGUGCUUACCAAAUGUGAUCAUCUGUUUUGUCGUCAGUGUAUCGGCGAAUGGCUUAGCCGUAACAACAACUGUCCCAUCGAUCGACGCAAACUAGUGUUGGACGACACUCAUCCGGCACCGCGUGUUGUCCGCAACCUAUUGGAUCAGUUGCGUAUGCGCUGCUACUUCAGCGGCGACGGCUGUCCACUAAUAUUACCGAUAAAUGACUAUACUAGACACGUGGAUGAGUGUGCCUAUAAUCCGGGCGCUGAACUUCGGUGUCAAAUGUGUGGUCAAUUGAUGACCCGUAAGGCUCUCCGUCAACACAAGUGCUGGUUGAAUGUGACCCGAGAUAUGGCCGAACAGAAACAGUCGAUUGACUUAUUGAGACAAACCAAUGGUUUCCUAUUGUUCAUACUUUUGAUGAUAUUUUUAUAUUAUUGGUGUCCACUUCUAUUGAACAAAUUAAACAUUAUAAAUCACAGCAAAAUAGAUGUAUAA